AUGACAAUAGAGAGAGUUCUCUGUGACUUGGGUGCCAGCAUAAAUCUUAUGCCUCUCUCCAUGAUGAAGAAAUUGCUCAUAGAGGAGGUGAAGCCUACAAGGAUGUCACUACAGCUUGCUGAUAGAUCCCUUAAUAUACCUAAUGGAGUGGUAGAAAAUCUAUUGGUGAAAGUUAGAGAGUUCAUUUUCCCUUAUGACUUUGUGAUCCUAGAUAUGGAAGAGGAGGGAAAUAACUCAAUUUUCUUGGGAAGACCUUUUCUAGCCACAGCAAGAGCCAUCAUUGAUGUAGAGAAAGGUGAAAUAGUUCUCAGGGUACAUAAUGAACAAAUGGUCAUCAAUGUCUUCAAGGCAAUGUAA